CGCAGUGAGGGGGGCCGCCGAGGCUGACCUGGGAUGAAAUUUAUAUAUUUAAAGAAGGAGCGGUUCGGCCCUGCCUUCCACUGCGGCGCUGAGAGCAGGAGCGGCAGCAGCUCCGGAGCAGAGAAGCGCACACGUGUGUGCGUGUGUGUGUGUGUGUGUGUGUGCGCGUGUGCGCGCGCUGGGGGCGAGCCCGGCGCGCCGCGGGGAGGAGGGUGCGCUUCGCACGGAGCUCGGGACUCGGUCGGGUGCCGCAGGGGCCGCAGAGGCUGCAGAGGCGGCGCGGAUCCUGCUCCGGGAGCUGCGCGCGGUGGCCUACACCCGGGCGGGCGCGCGCUGACCCGCUUGGUUACUCCACGUUGCUGCCGCCGCCGCUUGCAAACGCUUCCAGCCUCCAGCUCCCUCCUUCUCCUGCUCCUCCUUCUCUUGAUCCAAACGCCAACCCAGCCACAGACGAUCAGCCGUCGCGGUUCUGUUCACCCCCUGCGGAUCACAACGGCAGCCCUUGCGACACCCUGGCUGGGGAGUUUUAUUCCUGAGGGGGUUGCGCAGGGGCUCCCUUGGACUUCCACCCUUUCCCAACCUCUCCUGGCUUCUCCCCAACGUGGAAUUGCUCGCUUAGGGAGCUUCUGGAGCUCCGCUCAGAGCGAACCUUCUGCUGCCAGCAGAUAACAUCACGAUCUUGCCG